CUUUCUCCCUUUUCUCUCCAGACUUAUACCUCUACUCUCUGAAUAUCAUAUCAUCUACAUUUAUCUCUCUACUAUCUUUAUCCAAAACUCACUUCAUUCAUCAUGUCUGAACGCUCCACCGUCCACGUCGAGGGCAUUGCCUCCGCUACCACCGACAAGGAGGUCCAAGAUUUCUUUAGCUUCUGCGGAAAGAUCACCCACAUUUCCGUGACCCCCGUUUCAGGCGAAGCUGAUGCCCAAAAGUCGGCCACCGUUACUUUCGAAAAGGAAGCUGCUGCUAAGACCGCUCUUCUCCUCGACAACACCCAGCUGGGUUCCUCUCUCGUGCACGUCAAGGCUGCCCAGAGCCUCGACGACAUCGCCGGCGAGCAGGCCGCCAGCGCCGGACAAGCCAAGGACGAGUACAACCACGACCUCGAGCAGGAGGACAAGCCCCGUUCUCGCAUUGUAGCUGAGUACCUGGCCCACGGCUACACCCUCAGCGACAAUGCCAUCCAGAAGGCUAUUGCCCUGGACAACAAGCACGGGUUCUCGUCGCGCUUCACCAGCGCUCUGUCUUCCUUCGACCAGAAGUACCAUGCCACGGACCGUGCUCGCGGUCUGGACGAGAACUACAAGCUCAGCGACAAGGCGACCACUGGCUGGCGUAGUCUGAACCACUACUUCGAGAAGGCCCUCGACACUCCCUCGGGCAGGAAGUUGCGGGACUUUUACUCCCAGACCGAUAAGCAGGUGCGCGAUAUUCACAACGAGGCUCGCAGACUUGCGGAUCUGAAGAGCGGCAAGUCUACUACUGAGGGUGGUGAGGCUCCUGCUCCUAGCACGGCGCCUGCUACUCAGCCGGCGGGUACUGCUGCUCCUGCUGAGCAGGCGUAAGCAAAUUGAAUUGAAAGAAAAUUAGGAUUGGGGGUAAUGAGCAACGAGGGUGUGGUUUCUGUCUCUAUGCGAUAAUGACUUGACUAUUUUCAGUUCAUGUAAUGCUUCAGUGACAACAUCUUUUUUUUGCUAUAGCUAGCUGUCUGGAACAAGCGAUACCUCAAUACCAAUAUGAUACCAGCCA